AUGUAUAAUUCUCCUAAAACUGAAGUAACCAAAAACAACUUCAACUUUUUUGGAUCUUUUUAUUCGAAAUAUACAAAUAGAAAUAUUAAUGAUGAUAUGAAUUCAUGUGAUAAGUCAGCAGCAAAUAAGAAAUCAUCAAAUAAGAAUAAAGUUGCCUCAAAUCAAAACAUUUCAAAGCAAAAUGAAUUAUUUAAGGAAACUGAGAAGUUUUAUGAUUAUACUAAAAACUUUUAUAAAUCACUGAAAUCAUUUUAUGAAAAUCCACUUGAAGAUUGUAAAAAAAAUAGCAACAAAUUUUUGGAUAAUGACUACUUUUCAAGUGAAAAUUCUUCUCUCUCUAUAGAGUGCUUAAGUAAUGAAAAAAAUAAAAAAUAUAAUGAAAAAAUACUUAAAAAUGAAGAUUAUCAAAACGGUAAAUGUAAACAUAGUUUUAAUAAUGUAGAAAAUAAUAGAUCUUCUAAAAAUAGAAAUUUUAAAAAUCAAAAAAUUAUAAAAGAAAAUUAUAAAGUAGAAAACAGUCACAAUUACAACGAUACAUAUUUAGUUAGAAAUACUAAACAUAUGAAAAGAAAAGAAAAUGUUAACUUAUAUAAAAAUAAAAAAGAGAAUAUUGAAAAUGAAAAAAAAAAAAAAGAUAGAAAUUCAGAAAAUAUUAAGAAUAAAGAUAAAAUAAAUAAACCACAGAAGAAAGAGAGAGAUGAUAAAAAAGGAAAUGAAGAUACAGAAAGGGAACUAGAUAACCAGAAAGAGGAAAAAAUAGAGGAAGAUGAAGUGGAAGAAAAAGGGGAUGAAGGAGAAAUUGUAGAAAGGGAACAAGUUGAUGAAGAGGAAAAUGUAUAUGAAGAUGGAAAAAUGAAAAAUAAAAGUAUUGAAAAAAAUCUUUAUGAUGAUAAAGUAUUUUAUUAUGAAAAAUUUUUAUUAAAAAAUUAUUUCUCUAAAAUGCCAGUAGGAAUAUCAAAUGAUAAGGAUGAAGAAGAUGUGAACUGUAAAAAAAAAAAUGUACAGAACGAUAAUAUUACUCUAAAUUUUAAUAAACCAAAUGGAAACAUAAAUUCUUGCAAUUCUACAUAUGGAGCAAAAGGUAAUUUUGAUAACACACAAAUUAAUUAUGAUAAUAUGAAAAGUAAUUGCGAUAAUAUUAAGCUAAAAAAAGCAGUAGAUAAAUAUCCUCAUUUAAUAUGUAAUAUCUUAGAUGGAACUGUAAACUUUGACAAUUACUCAAUUAUUGAAGAUAAGUGUAAAUAUGAAUUAAAUAAUAAAUGUACCAAUAAUGAUUCGUUAACAAAUAAAGAUACGCUUGCACAUACAAAAAAAAUAAAUAAUGAAAACAUUCCUAAGGAAAAUAAAAAGAACGAUAACCCAACCAAAAAUCGUCAAUACAUUGCUGAUUUAGAUAAUAUAAAUGAAGAUAUAUACGAUGACUCUGAAAUAAAUACUAUUCAAAAAAAGUGUAGUAUUUUGACUAAUAAAGAAAAAUAUAUAAACUUGAACAGAAAUCCAGAUACCGAAGAUAAAAGGAUAUGCACUAAUCCUUUACAUAAAAGCAGCUUUUAUAUGAAUGAUUAUCUAAAUGACAAAAAACUAACUAAUCAUCAAAAAUAUUUUUUUAAUAAAAAUUAUAUAAAUAAUAGCAAUUCUUCUCAUGUUCCUUGUAUUAAAGGAAAUAUACCAAAUUAUUAUUCGACAGUACAUAAAUUGCAAAAAAAAAAAAAAAAAUGUAUAAAUGAUAAUAUUAGCAGUAUUCUACUAACAAAUAAUUUUCUCAUGGAAAAUUGCUUGUUAAAUAAAAAUGUAACAGAAAAUGAUAAUAAGUUCUACAUAAAAAGAAAUUAUUUUUAUAAUAAGUUAAGUUAUGAUAGUAGUAAUAGUAAAAUAAACAUUCAUAAAGUUAACAACUUUAAUUAUUCGUUUAAGAAAAAUUAUUUGUUUAAUAAGGGAUUAAAUAAAUUUCAUAGGAAUAGAUAUAAUAACUUUAAUUAUACAAAAGAAUAUGUGCGUAGUAAAAACAAGAGAUAUAAUCCAUAUGUAAGUAAAUUGACUAUUAAAAAACAAUUUUUUAAAAAUCAUUAUGGUGAAAUGUGUAAAAUUAAUAAAAGAUAUGUUAAUUUCAAUUAUAAAAUGUUUCAUAAUGAGAAAUCAUUGUUUAAUUAUAAUAAAGAAAAAAAUUUGAAAAUUGUUAACGAAAAGAAGUGUUUGUGUUAUAAUUCGAGUAAUAAUAACAUUAAAAAAGCAAAAAUAGUAAAAAACGUAUUUAAAGACAAUGAAAACGAUGAUGUAUUAGUUGCAAUUUCUAGAUAUGAACACUUUAAUAUUGCAAAUUUUAAGGAAAAUUUUAAUUAUAAUAAUAAUAAUAAUAGUAAUUUUCAUAUUGAUUGUAAUGAAAAUAAUUUAAGUGGGAAUGUAUUAGAUGAAAUAAAAAGUAAUGAAAAUAUAUUAAAUAUAAUAAAUGAUAAAAACAUGACAUUCAACAAUUUGCACAAUAUAAGUAAGCAAAAUGCCCAAGAACUUUAUGAAAAAGGAAAUAAUAAUUUUAUUAAAAAUGAUGAAAACAUAGGAAGUGAAAGUUAUGAAAGCAAAAUAAAUAAAAAUUAUUUAGAUAUAAAGUUAGAAGAAACAAAUAAUAAUACAUCAAGAAAUUUAUCUCAAAAUAUGAAAAUUUUUAAUAACUUUGUAACAUUAAAUGCUAAUGAAUUUAAACAGGAAAAUUCAAAUAAAAAUAUUAUAUAUUAUUCUAAUAAAAAAAAUGAAGGAGAUCAAAAUAAUUUAAAAAAUGAAUUAAAUGAAUUUAAUUAUUCUAGUACAUUUAAUGCAGAAAAUUGGGGGAAUAAGCAUAAAUUAAGUGUAAGUGAAAAAAUUGAAAUAGUCAGAAAAAAUGAAAUAAAUAAAAAAAUUAUUAGUGGAACAAAUAAUGGAAAAAAAAUAAUUGAUAACCCUAGAUCCAAUUUAUCAAAUCAUUAUUUUCAACAAAAUAAUAACACUAGUAUUCAAAAUAAUAAUUUGUAUAUUCCUGUUCCUAACCAAAAUAGCUUUGAUAAAUUUAAUAAAAUUAAGAAUCUAAAUAGUCAAAAUAAAACAAAUAAUCUAAUACAAAAAGAAAAUAAAAAAACAAUUAGAAGCAAAAUGGAAUUAGAAAAAAAACAUGGGAAAAUUUUUAAUAAUGUAAUUGAUUUAGAUAAAAUGCAUGAAAAUAAAUAUAUAAUUUAUAAUAAGGUACAUCUAGGGAAUAAAAGUAAAAAAAUUAUUAAUAAUAUAAUUGAUUUAGAUGAAUUGUAUGAAAAAAAUUGUGUAAUUUAUAAUAAGGUAGAACUAGAAAAAAAAAAUGAUAAUAUAAAAAAUAAAAAUACUGUAAUAAACUUAUAUAAUGAAAAAGAAAACAUAAAUAACAAAACAUUAUCUUCAGAAAAAAAUAAAGAAAAAAUUAUUAACUAUAUAAUAGAUGUAGAUAAAGUAUAUGAAAAUAAAUAUGUAAUUUAUAAUGACGUAGAACUAGAAAAGAAGAAUGAAAAAAAUAUUAAUAGUAUUAUUGAUUUAGAUGGAGAACGCAUAAAUAUUAAUAAUCUUACUUCAGAAAAAAUAAACGAAAAUAUUUCUAGCAAUACAAUCGAAUUAUCAAAUAAAUAUAAAUAUUCAAAUGAAGACAUAAAUGAAAAUAUUAUUAAUAAUUUAGUAGGAAAAGAAAAUAAAAAUAGGAAUCAAAAAAAAAUUUUUUAUAAACAUGAAAAUGAAAAGAAAAAGGAAAGGGAAAAGGAAAAGGAAAAGGAAAAAAAAAAAGAAAAUGAUUAUGAAAAUAAUAUUUAUAAUAGAGAUGAAUUAGAAAAAAAAAAUGAAGCCGAAAAUGUAUUGAGUAAUAAAAGUAAAUUAGAAGAAAUAAACGAAAAUGAAGAUGUAAUAAAUAAUAAAUGCGAUUCAGAGAAAAAAAAUAAAAAUGACAAUGAUAAUGAAGACACUAUUUGUAAUAAAACUGAAUUAGAAAAAAUAAAUGAAAUUGAAAAUAUAAUUUGUAAAAAAAUUAAUUUGGAGAAAAUUAACGAAAGCGAAAAUGGAAGUGAAAUAUAUAAUAAAAUUGAAUUUGAAAAAAUUAAGGAUGAUGAAAAUAUAAUUACUGGUACAAUAGAAUUAGAAAAUAAGGACGAAGGCAUAAUUAGUAACAUAUUAGAAUUAGAAAGAAGAAAAUAUACAAUUAAUUGCAUAAUGGAAAAGUUAAGUAGAGGAGAAAAUGAAAAUGAAAUUGAGAGUGAAUAUGAUAGCGAGGAUGAAAUUAAAAAAAAAAAAAAUUCUUAUAUUUAUGAUUUAUACUCAGAUAAAUCAACUUACAAUAUAUAUAAUACUAAAAUGUGUGUAAACUAUCUACAUGAAGAAAAAAUUCAUUCAGCAGAAAAUAAAGAAUAUAUUAAAAAUUUUCUUUUUGAAAAGCAUUCCAAAAAUGUUUAUUUCGUAGAAGUAUUUAAAAAAAAAAAAAAUAAGAAUAAAGGUAAAAACCAAAAUAAAAAACUUCUCAAUUGUGAUGAUAAGAACAUUGUUCUUAAUAAUUCUAAAGAAAGGUUAGAUAAAACAAAAGAAAAAAAAAAAAAAGAUACUUAUUAUUUACGAAGCGAUCAAUAUUGUAUAGAGGAAAAAGUAGAGAAAGAAAUACAGAUAAAUAAAAAAAAUAAUUUCGAAACAAAAAAUAUUGAAGAGGAAAAAAAAAAAAAAAUAAGAGAGAAAUAUAAUAAUGAAAAUGAAAUAAAUUAUUUUAAUGAUAAAACAACUUUAAUAAAAAAAAAAUCAUAUAGUUCUGAAAAAGAUCCAAAAAAAAAAACACAAAUCGUUUUGAAUAAAAAAGGUAAAAAAAAAUUUUUUAAUAAAAACUUUAAAGAAAAAAUGGAAAUAAUAAAUGGAAAAAUCGUUUAUGUUAUAGAUGAAUCUAUUACAAAUAUUUCUGAAAAUGAAAAAAAUAAGAUGGAAGAAAUAGAAAAAAAAAAAAAGCAGGAAAAUUAUUAUGAGAAAAAGGAAGUGAAUAAAGAAGCAAAAGUAAUAGAAAUUGAAGAACAAGAAAAAGGGAAAGAUAAUCAGGAAAAUGGAUUUAAAAAAAAAUAUAACGAGGAAAAUGAAGAUCUAAGUAAGAAUAAUGAUGAAGAAACCGAUGAUUGCGGUGACUAUGAUGAAGAUUAUGAAGAGGAAGAAAGAUAUAUGAAUAAAGAAGUAAUAGAAAUUGAAGAAGAACAACAUCGAAUUAACGAAUUAGAAAAACAUUAUGAAAAGAAAGAACAUCUAGAAGAAGGAAGGGAGGAAUAUGAAGAACAGGAAACAAAUGAAGAAAUAAUAGAAAUUGGAGAACAAGGAUAUCAAAAAGAUCAAGAAUGGGAACAAAUGAAUGAAGUAAUAGAAAUAGAAGAACAGCAAGAAUAUGAUGAUGGAUAUGAAGAAGAUGAGGAUGAAGAAGAAGAUGAAGAUGAAGAUGAAGAAGAAGACGAAGACGAAGACGAAGAUGAAGAUGAAGAUGAAGAAGAAUGUGAAGAUGAAGAAGAGGAAGAAGAAGAAGAAGCAGAAGAUGAUGAUGAUGAAGAAGAUUAUAAAGAUAUGCAGCCAAAAAAACAAAAAUUUAAAGAUAAAAUAGUAGGAGGAAUAAAAAAAGAAAAGCAAGAAAUGGAAUAUAAAGAGGAAUAUAAAGAACAGAGAAUAAAAAAAGAGAAAAGAAAAGAAGCAAAAUAUAAUAUACAAGAAGAUGAAGAAAAAGAAAUAAUAAAAGUUGAAGAAGAAGAAAAAGAAAAAGAGAGAGAAUAUCAAGAAGAACUGGAUAAAAUAUAUGAAGAAAUAAUAGAAAUUGAUGAAGAAGGGCACUAUCAAAAAAAAGGAGAAUCAAAGAUAGAGAAUAAGAAAGAACAAAUAGAAAAGAAAAAAAUGACAGAAAAUAUAUAUAAUAUAAAAAAUCAAAAUAUUUAUAAUAGAACUAUCACUAAUGAAAAUUAUUAUACUGAUGAAAAACAUUAUGAUAAAAUUGGAAAGGUAUAUGAAUAUGAAAAUAAAGAAACAAAUAUUUUAAGUUCAAAGAAAUAUGAAUAUGAUAAAGAAAAAUAUAUUUGUAAACAAGAUUUCGAAAAUAAAAAUUUAAAAAAUGAUCAUUAUGAGGAUAAUUAUUAUACGGAAAAUGAAGAAAUAAAUAAAAGUGUGUAUAACAAUUUUGGAAAUAAAAAAGGAAAAGAUAUUUUUUUAAAGGAUAUGUUAAAUGAAAAUAAUCAGUAUAUUUAUGAUUACUGUGAUUUCGAAGAAAAUAUAAAAUAUAAACUUCUAGGGAAGAAAAGAAAAAGAAAAAUAGAAAAAAUAAAAAGGAAAAUAAAAAAAAAUAAAAAAUUAACAAAAGAUGAUCUGAAAUUAUUAUCUGAAUUAUUGCAUCAUAAAUUUUUGCUAAAUGAAAUUAAUGCAGUAGGUAAUUAUGACAUAAAAUGUAAUAAUAGUUUUGAUUUAUUGGCAUUAGAUGAAUAUAAAUUAAGAAAAGAUUCAUUAAAUAUGUAUUGUGACUGUUUAUCUAUUGGGUUAACUACUUAUGAGCAAGAGUUUUUAAAAGUGUUUCAAAUUUUUAUGCCAGAUACUAAUAUAAUGGAGGACAAGAAUAUUUUAUAUGUAUUACGCCAUUCUAGAAAUGAAAAAAAAUGUAUUUUUAAAAAUUUUCUUAAUGAUGAAAAGCUCUUUUGA